ACUUCAUCCUCAUACGAAUAAUAACAAAUAAAUAAAAGGAGGGAAAAAGAAAAACAAAAAAAAUCUAAUAGUUAUUUUGCUUCCGCACCAACAGUUUUGUGCUUGAAGCCUUUCCAGUGUGCAGCUGCAGCUGGUUCAAUGAUUCAAAAUUGUUAAGUUCUUUGUUUUGGAGCAUUCAUCAUUGUCCAAAUUGCAAUUUUUUCAGAAGAAUAGCAACAAUUUAGGAAGUUUCUGAAGCAAUAGGGAGUAGUGGACACAGUUUAGGAUCAUUGUUAUUAUAGGAGAAUUUGAUGGUAAUCAUACACAGUGGCUAGGAAAGGAUAUAAUGGCUACUGCUGCAGUAAUUGGACUCAGUGGAGGAAAGAGGCUCUUGAGUUCAUCAUACCAUUACUCUGAUGUUAUAGAAAAGCUAUCUUAUGGCAGUGAUUUUGGAUCCACACACUAUCAAAUUGUUCCUACAAAGUCUUUAAUAGCUGCCAAGAAGUCAUCCAACUACACUCCAACUUUUCCAGCAUCGAACCAGCAGAAUCAGUCCAUUAAGGCUCUUAAGGAGCAUGUUGAUGAUGCCCCUACCAUUGCGGAUUCAUGGUUUCAGAGUUGCAACUCUAACGACUUAGAGGUGGAAAGCUCUGAAAUGGGUUAUUCUGUGGAGGCUCUUCUUUUGCUGCAGAAGUCAAUGCUGGAAAAGCAAUGGAACCUUUCCUUUGAAAGGGAAGUGCUAACCGAACAUUCUAGUAAGGGAAAAAAAUGUAAGAAAGUGGCGGUGACUUGUUCUGGGGUGUCUGCAAGGCAAAGAAGAAUGAAUACCAAGAGGAAGACUGCGAUUAAAACUUGUGGUGCUAUGCAGCUGAAGUCCAAAAUCAGUCCAGAGCUGCUUCAACACCGUUUGAAGGGCUAUGUGAAAGGCAUAGUGAGUGAGGAAUUGCUCUCUCAUGCAGAAGUUGUAAACCUAUCAGAGAGAAUAAAAGUUGGGCUUUCCUUAGAGGAGCAUAAAUCCAGACUUAAGGAAAGACUAGGAUGUGAACCCUCUGAUGAUCAAAUGGCAAUUUCAUUGAAGAUUUCUCGAACUGAACUACGAGCAAGAAUGAUAGAGUGCACUCUGGCAAGAGAAAAGUUGGCUAUGAGCAAUGUUCGCUUAGUUAUGUCUAUUGCUCAAAAAUAUGAUAACCUGGGUGCAGAAAUGGGCGAUCUUGUUCAGGGUGGCUUGAUUGGACUACUGCGUGGUAUUGAAAAGUUUGAUUCUUCAAAAGGGUUUAAGAUUUCAACUUAUGUUUAUUGGUGGAUACGUCAGGGAGUUUCAAGAGCUUUAGUUGAGAACUCAAGAACAUUAAGAUUGCCUGCUCAUUUGCAUGAGAGGCUAUCUCUAAUCCGCAAUGCAAAGUUUAGACUAGAAGAGAGAGGCAUUACUCCAACUAUUGAUAGGAUUGCAAAAUACCUUAACAUGUCUCAAAAGAAAGUCAGAAAUGCUACUGAGGCAAUCAGCAAAACUAUCUCGCUUGAUAGAGAAGCAUUCCCCUCUCUGAAUGGUAUACAAGGAGAAACUCAUCAUAGUUAUAUUGCGGAUGAUCGAGUGGAGAACAUCCCAUGGAAUGGAGUAGACGAGUGGGCACUAAAGGACGAAGUGAACAAACUCAUUAAUGUGACCCUUGUGGAACGAGAGAGAGAAAUUAUUCGACUUUAUUAUGGAUUGGAUAAAGAAGGUCUUACAUGGGAAGACAUUAGUAAACGGAUAGGUUUGUCAAGAGAAAGAGUAAGGCAAGUUGGACUUGUUGCAUUGGAGAAACUAAAACAUGCUGCGAGGAAGAGACAAAUGGAAGCCAUGCUAUUGAAACAUUAAAUUUGGACUCAUCAUAGAAAUAUGUUACAAUGUAUAUAUACACAGAGGAAGUAUGUACCUAGAAAUUUGACUUCCUGAUUCAAAAAGAGGACAAUUAUAUAAGGGAACAUUGGAGAUUUGUAAAUCCCUUUAAAUAUGGUUUUAGUACCAAUAAAUAUGGGUAAUUUUUGUUUUAAUACUCCAAAAAUAAAAUUUUUACUUUUAAGUUCU